AGCGCGCUUGCGCAGUCCGAUCCCGUUUGCGUUCCAAGAUGAACCGCACGCGACUUUAUAUAUUAUCGUUGAUCUUAGCUUUGGUGGCAGAAAUCGCCUGCCAGAGUUUCCCACCAGAGUUCCAGUUUGGGGUAGCCACCUCCUCGUACCAAAUCGAGGGGGCGUGGAACGUUAGCGAUAAGGGUGAGAGUAUCUGGGACCACCUCCUACACAUCAGACCGGAUAUCAUAGCAGACCUGAGCAAUGGAGAUGUCGCUUGCGACUCCUAUCAUCUUUGGAAGCAAGAUAUUGACCUCAUCGCUGAUAUGGGACUGGAUUUUUACAGAUUUUCCAUAAAUUGGCCGCGUCUGCUCCCAACCGGGUUUCCGAAUAAGGUCAGCGAAGACGGAGCGCGUUACUAUGGAAACCUGAUCGACGGCCUGCGGGCGCGCGGCAUCGCACCGGUGGUUACGCUUUACCACUGGGAGCUACCGCAGAGCUUGCAGGACCUUGGUGGCUGGACUAACCCCCUGUCUGUGGAGUGGUUCGCCGAUUACGCCCGUAUAGUGUUUACCCUGUUUGCCGACCGGGUUGACACUUGGAUCACCAUCAACGAGCCAAUCUUCGCCUGUGAAUCUCCUUACAGAGGCAUCGUGGCCCCAGCAAUAGUAAGCGAUGUGGGGGCGCUACUGUGCUCAAAGUACAUAAUGCUUGCGCACGCGGCGGCCUACAGGGUCUACGAUGAGGAGUUCAAACCCCAAUAUGGCGGUCAAGUAUCCUUCGCCCAUCAUGAAUUCUGGUUCGAGCCUAAGACUGACAAAGAUCAGGAAUUGACAGAACUGGCCAGAGAUUACGCGUUCUCCCGCUUCUCUUACCCCGUAUAUUCCACCGAAGGCGGUUGGCCGCCAUUGCUAGAAGCAUAUAUGGCGGAGAAGAGUAGAAUAGAGGGGUACACUCGAUCUAAACUGCCUGCAUUUACUGCAGAGGAAAUUAAGCUGCUGAAAGGUACCUACGACUUCUUCGCCAUAAACCACUACACGUCCAGAACCGUCCGAGCUGCGCUCUCUGGCGAAGAGUUUGGGAUAUUUGGUAUUGAUGGGUUAGACGAGAUAGGCGCCGUGCUCGAGAGCAAGCCAGAGUGGGGAUCAGCACUUGGUUGGCUCAAAGUUAACCCAGAAGGUAUCAGACACGUCUUGAACAGGAUCAAACACCAGUACGGAGACUUGAAGGUCAUGAUCACAGAAAGUGGUUACUCUGAUGAUAGUGAUGACCUGAAUGACGUCGGGCGGAUCGACUACUAUAAAACAUAUUUGGAACAGGUGCUGCUUGCUAUAAACGAAGAUAAAGUGAACGUCGUGGGUUACACGGCGUGGUCGCUCAUCGACAAUUUCGAGUGGAACUCUGGCUAUCAGUCCCACUUCGGUCUGUACGCAGUAGAUUUUUCGGAUCCAAGUCGCAAGCGCACCGCUAAAGCGUCCGCGCGGUACUACGAGAGCGUUGCACGCACAAAGUCUUUGGACGUAGAGAAUUUAACUGCGAACUGAGUAUUAAUUAAAAUAUAUAGAUUUUUUUUAUUUAUUACU